AUGGCCGCCCGACUCUCGGAGGACCCCUCUAUAAGCGUACUGCUAUUGGAGGCCGGGAUGGCUGAGAACAUCCUAUCGGACGUUCCCAUGAAUAGCAUUAAUCUGCAGACAUCGCCGAUGGACUGGUCCUUCAAAACACUGCCGCAGAGUAAGGCGUGUCAGGGGCUGGAGGGUCACCGAGGGGUGUGGCCCAGGGGUAAGGCUAUGGGCGGCUCGUCCACCAUCAACUCAAUGGUAUAUAUGAGAGGCAAUCCUCGCGAUUACGACCUGUGGGCGGCUGCCGGUGCCCGGGGCUGGUCGUGGCCGGAGGUGUUCCCCUAUUUCAUCAAAUCCGAGGACAAUCGCGACCCCAGACUAGUGGCCACCGGUUAUCACGGAGUGGGCGGUCCUCUGACCGUAAACACACCAUCCGUGCCGAGACGGAUGUCCGAAGUGUUUGUGGGCGCGGGUCCGGCGCUCGGGUAUCCCGUGGGGGACGUCAACGGCGGCACACAAUCCCAGUUCUCUAUACCCCAGACCACGUCCAGGGAUGGCAUGCGGUUGUCGGCCGCGAAAGCCUAUUUGGAGCCACUGGUGGACAGACAUAAUCUGCACGUAUUGACCAAAGCCUAUGUCACGAGAGUACGGUUUGACGGGAACAGGAGGGCAGUGGGCGUAGAGUUUGAUCGCUUGUUCAAGAGGUAUACAGUGAGAGCUCGAAAGGAAGUCAUUCUGUCUGCCGGUGCUAUCAAUUCGCCAAAACUAUUGAUGCUUUCAGGCAUUGGACCCAAAGAGCAUUUAAAGUCGUUGGGAAUACCUGUGAUAUCGGACUUGAGAGUAGGAGACAAUCUCCAGGAGCACUACUGCACGGGUAUGCCGUUCACAGUGAAUGAGUCCAUCGGCAUAGACGUGUUACGGGAGGCGACCCCCUGGCAUAUACUCGACUACUUUCUAUUCAGAAAUAAUAGUCUCACCAAUAAUCUGGUGGAGGGAACGGCAUUUGUCAAAACUAAAUAUGCCCUUCCCUUUGAUGAUUUCCCUGAUAUCCAGUUUUUUAUGAUACCU